CAUGAGAGCCGAAGAGCGGCGAGCGAACCGAGUCAACUGAAGACCAAACCUCGCCGGGGCGCCGUACAACCACCGAAGGCUGCAGCAUGUCGCCAGCGACCUCUGCCGCCGCCGCCGCUCCCGUGCCCGGCGUCCUCAUCCUCCAAUCUCCGUCGACCCUGCGACCCUCCCCCGUCGCCCGCCUCCUCCCCUCUGGGGCUGCGAGGCCGCUCCAAGCGACGUCGGCCUCUCGUCGCCUCCCUGCCUCCGCCGUGCGCGCCCAGAGCGCCGCCGACCCAGGGUACUUGCCUGAAUCGGAGUUCUACAAGAUCGAGGCCAUUCUUAGGCCGUGGAGGGUGCCGCACGUGUCCUCGGGCUUGUUGGAGAUGGGGAUCAGAGGUGUGACGGUGUCGGAUGUGCGGGGAUUCGGGGCGCAGGGAGGGUCAACGGAGCGGCAUGGAGGGUCAGAAUUUUCGGAAGAUACAUUUAUUGCUAAAGUCAAAAUGGAAAUAGUGGUCUGCAAGGAGCAGGUUGAAGCAGUAAUCGACAAAAUAAUUGAAAAGGCAAGAACAGGAGAAAUUGGCGAUGGGAAGAUAUUCUUGAUCCCUGUCUCGGAUGUGGUAAGAAUCCGCACCGGCGAAAGUGGGAAGGAAGCAGAGAGGAUGACUGGAGGACUGUCGGAUAGGCUGUCCUCUGUGGUUUCAAUCUCAUGAGCCAAACAGAUUGCCUGCCUGUUGCAAGGUCAAACGCGCCCCUCCCUCAGCACUUGCAUUGCACAAUAAACUGCGCAAUGUGUUUCUUGCAAGUGUCGCCCGAAUCACGCAGUGUGCACUGGGCCUGAUCAAUAAAAUCCGAUGGAACUGGUGUGAAUUUUCCCUCGCUGUUGUUUCUUAACCUGUGAAAGAUAAGAAUUAAGAUGAUGCUAGUUUGGCAACAGGUUAAGCUGGCUGCAAUGAGAAUGAACUGGGCUGGCUCUGUUGUAUAUAACUUUUGUUGGGCCGAUCUCUGUCUGGCCCAAAGACCCGAAAGACUCGUGCAGUGCAAGUAUGUGGCCCAAGUUACUGAUGUGGUGUAGAUCUGAGGCUUAA